AUGAAAACUUAUAACGUAACAUAUGUUGAAAUAAUAAAUAACGAUAACGCAACAACGAAAUGCCAGUGGUAUGGAGGAGAUGAGUCUCAAACAAGGUAUGGUGCUAUCUCUAAUAGAGCACAGAAGGACAUUUCUAAAGAUACAUUUCAUCGAUUGGUGUACGAUGUUAUAAUACCUAAGGUUGUACAUCGCAAAGGAAAUAAAAUUACAAAAACAACAGUCAGCUUGGUAGAUGGAUAUGACGGAUAUUAUACUACUGAUGAUGAUGGUGACAUUUUAGUGAGCUUUGCUUCUGUAGAAACCCCCAAAAUAUUGCCAUUAAGAGUGUUGACGCAAUUAAAAGGAAUGGUUAGCGUCGAUGAUGAAUCGUUACGAAAUAAUAUAACCGCAAUAGUUACAGAUUUCCAUAAGGAAUUACUAUCCUACCAUGAUUCCACAAUGUAUGAAGCUACUGACCAGGAUCUACAGGAGAUAAUCAAUGUGAUGAACGAUAACAUAGACAAAUUUUUGAGACGUCAAGAGCGAAUAACAUUGUUGGUUGACCAAACCUCUCAAUUGAAUCAGAAUAGCUUUAAUUUUCAGCGAAAAGCUAUCAAAAUCAAAAGGAACAUGUGGUGGCGUAGCUUUAAAUUUUGGGCAGUUUGUGUACUGGCUGCCAUGAGUUUUUUGUUCAUAUUAUGGGUUAUGCUACAUUCAUGA